AUGAGUUCCUCUCCACUGAUGUCUCGAGCUAACAUGGACAUCCUGGACGAGCUGCAGCUGAUCGCAGCUCAGAAUUUGGAGAGGCUGCAGGUCAACAAGUACUAUGAGGUGAUCAGGGAGCUGGGCAAAGGCACCUAUGGCAAGGUGGACCUGGUCAUCCACAAAAUCCGAGGUACAAAAAUGGCACUGAAGUUUCUGAAGAAGAAGACAACCAAGCUGAAGUCGUUCCUGCGAGAGUACAGCAUCUCACUCUACCUGUCCCCCUGUCCUUUCAUCAUCAACAUGUUCGGCAUUGCCUUCGAGACAGACGACUACUAUGUGUUUGCACAGGAGUACGCUCUGGCAGGGGACCUCUUUGAUAUCAUUCCUCCACAGGUCGGUCUUCCUGAGGCGGUGGCCAAGCGUUGUGUGCACCAAGUGGCCAUCGCUCUGGACUACCUUCACUGUAAGAAGCUGGUCCACAGGGACAUCAAGCCUGAAAACAUCCUAAUUUUUGACCGGGAGUGCCGCAAAGUCAAGCUGUCAGAUUUUGGCAUGACCCGUCGAGCUGGCUCACCUGUGAAAAGAGUGAGCGGCACCAUCCCCUACACGGCCCCGGAGCUCUGCGACGUGUCCCGCCAUGAGGGAUUCUAUGUGGACUACAGCACUGACGUCUGGGCCUUCGGGGUUCUGCUCUUCUGCAUGCUGACCGGGAACUUCCCCUGGGAGAAGGCGCUGCCCUCCGACUCCUUUUACCAGGAGUUCAUUCGCUGGCAGAGGAGGAGGACGAACACCGUGCCCUCCCAGUGGAGGCGCUUCACUGAGCAGGCCCUCCGCAUGUUCCGCCGGCUGCUAUCCGUGGAACAGGACCGCCGCUGCUCCGUCAAAGAGGUCUUUGGUUACUUCAGCCACUCCUGGAUGCUGGACGCAGAGAACAACAACAACAGCAAUGGCGGUGGAGGAGGAGGAGGGGUGCGGGGAGAGGUGGACGGCACUAUCUCGUCAUCUUCAUCCGGGGAGGAAGACGAGGAGCUCCUUGUGGAGAGGAUGAAACAGCAGACUUUAUCUCCUCUCUCCCCGCUGUCACCUCUCUCUCCCAUGUCUCCGGUGGCCGUGGAGAGGGGAGCCGGGGCUAAGGGUGGGAUGAUGGAACCAGGCGGCAGCCACCAUUUCGUGUCUGUCUCCACCAACAGCUCUGGGUCGUCCACCAACAGUUAUGAUCGAAUGCCGCGAGAGAACAGCUCACCGGGUGGCCGCAUGCUGGUGGCCACACCCAUUGAAAUCUGCGUCUGA